CUAUUGAAUGGACAAAUGAACUACGGAAAGAAAUAGAUUCCUAUUGGAAUAAAAUUGAUGAAAAUAAAGAAUUUGAUCUUGCAGAUUGGAUGCAUAGAAUUACAAAUGAAAUUAUUUUUAAAACUACAACUGGAGUAAAGAAUAAUGCUGUUGCUGCUUAUUAUUAUACCGUUUUUGCUUCUGAAAAUAUUAAGUCUUUAAAUGAAAAUGAUCAAGAAAAAUUGAAAUCUUCUGAAGAUUUUGUUCAAUCAAUUCAUACUUAUAUGGAUG